CUGAUUAUGUCUCCAUAGACCAUUUUAAAUGCUUAAUGCUAAUCAACAAAUUUGUUCAUUAUUGAUUAAAAAUUGGCAACAUUGAAGAUUUGAAGUUGUUUAUGUAAAAUUUACUUCCAGAUGCAGAAAAUGGUGAGCCACUCUCAUUAUGGUCCCGGGAACGCUCCCUCACUACUCCAUCUUAAACGACAGAUACUACUAGAAAUACUGCAGUCUGAUGGCACCAUUUUAGAAGGAAAGUAUGAAGAAUCAAUCCCAAAAACAACCAAGAAAGAACAUGACCAACCACGACCACUGUCUAAAAAGCGGAAAACUGACAAAUUGUACAACACUGCUCUUGAAAACACCAAUGUGGUAAAGGAGAAGAAGCUGAGAUCUUUAGCCACUAAGGGCGUGGUUCAAGUGCUCAACACUUUAGAGCAAUGCCAACAAGAGAAGAAGAGAGCCUCUAACACGUAUGAUAAGAAGCCCACUUCCCAGGUUUCCGAAAUGUCUGCUAUUACCUCUGGCAACUCGGGUCUCAUGAAUUUUUUAUUGAAGAAAACCAUGGUAUCUAUCUUUUGUGUUAUUUGAGUGGUCUGCCUCAGCUCAAUAUUUAUUAACGGGACUAGAUAAAAUCAUUCCAUUCUUGAAAAUCUGCAAUUUGUGUUUCAAAAAAAUUCAACUGUUUCAAAAUUUUAGCUAGAAAAAUUUUUGCUGGAACAGAUUGCUUUUGAUGUUGGAUAUUACUGCCAAACUCA